AUGUACACCUCGAAAGUACGAGCAGCUUUACUAAAAGACUCUUAUUUAAUUCCAAUGGGAGUGUUUCUAACGAUGGAAAAUAUAGUGGCAAUCUUCAUUCUAUAUCGUUGUUCCCGACUUAAUUUUCAGAUAAAGAUUUUGUCCAUCAAUAUGGCCGUUACAGACCUAUUGACCGGCGUCAUGCUCAGCACGCCAUUAGAGGUUCUUCUUGUCGGCAACGAAAGAUGUGAACUGAAGAAAUACGUGUCGUUCUUAUUUAUCAACACCUCUAUCUUCACAAUUACGACCUUCAAUCUGGACCGUUGUUUUGUUUUUUGGCUUGCAAUGCGGUACUAUUCGUACAUAACCAAAAAAUUGGUAGUGAAAUCCUGCGUUUUUUUGUGGAUAACAAGUUUUAUCGUCACCUACUUCAUGUUUUAUGAUGAAGACCACUCGUAUGGAAUUUGCUGUGGCUAUAUGUACACGCUAAAGAAAAACAUUAUUAACAACGCUGUAAAGUCUUUUCUCUUACUUCUGGUUUUUUCCAAUCUUAUCAUGUAUGGGUAUCUGCUCCGCUGCAUUAAAGGUUCCCUUAGAAGAACCUUUGAUCUUUCACAUUUCAGGACCUGUAAGAUGAUAAAUAACCAAUCAAAUGUCGUUAAGAAACUAUCCGUGAUCACAGGCCUUUUUCUGGCAAUGUACACUCCCUUUAUUCUGACUCUAACAUUUCCGAUUCUGGAUUACUCAAAAACGUCAGGGAAGUUGAUUCACACUUUAACGGGUGUCUUAAUGGUUCUAAACAGUGCCGUUAACCCUAUCUUAUACAUAUGGAGGUUCAAGGAACCAAGAUACCAGUUAAAGAGGUUACUGUGUUUCUUUCACAAAAAUUAUCUUGAAAAGAUGCAACAUGCCUACACCAGUGAAGUUGCAACUUACAACAUUAGCACAGAAAAAGACGUUUAUACAUUUAGCUAUGAAAAAGGUCAAGAUUCUGUGAGACAAGGAUAUUGUACAUCCAACGAGCUUAAAGUAGAUAUGUGA